AUGGAAAGUCAGAAAUCUCUUGUUGUUCCGAAAACAACGACGACGCUUCGAAGUCCAUUUGAGCUGAAAAUCUCGCCUGAUGCAGUCGAAAAGGCAAAACAGUGGGGUUUGAAAAUGUGGGAUAUCGCAAAGCUCGAGUCCGUCUUGGACAGAACCCUCGCUCGUCCGUCCAAGUCUGAACCUACCACGACCACGACAGCAGCAACGCACACUGCCUCUCAAAAGCUGGCCCUCGCAUCCGUCGCUCCCAAGAAUCCCUACGGCACCCUUGGUGUGUCGAAAGCUCCCAAAGCGCAAGGCCAUGGCGGUACCUGGCAUCUCCCUCCACCGUCUAAACGACCAAAUGCUGCAUCCGCUUCCCUUGCAAGUCUACUUGCUACGGAAAAGGCGACAAACAUGACCCUCGAACGCGAUCCCAAUUCCAGGAGGCAUGACUACACCUGCUUUAACAAACUCGCCGCCUUCCUCAUCGUCGACUCUACCAACAUCGAUUAUCAAGGCGUUGGUCGCCUCGAGUUCGAAGCCUCCAAACCCACGGUCUCUCCUCCCAAACUCUCUUUUGGCGGACCAGGCGUCAACGAAAAUCGAUCCGCCUUUGUCGCCGCUCACAAGGGACAGAAUGGUCACCUCGAUUACCCUAUUCUCAUGGAUCACCGCAUGCGCUGCCCUUUUCAACCGUACAACCAACGAGUUGAGCAAAAGGAACGUCGGGCCGACGCUCGAGACAAAGCCUACGUAGAAGACCGACAACAGAUCAUUCGCUACGUUCGCGCAUAUAAACGACAUAACGAGUCACUCAAUCGUACCGUCGACCUCCAGCAACUCGUGUCCGAGGCCAUUGCUGCGCUCAGCCCUGCGACUGGCGAAACUCCCAGCAAGGCCAACGUCACUGCAAAGCUCGAUGGUCACGCCCCGGCUAGCACUAAUCCCGACAAGGACCGAGCAUCUGGCUUCAUGCGCUCCACGGCCAACCAAGAGAGUUUGGCAAGCAUGGCCAGUGUGACCAGCCUCAGUGCCGCUACCGGAGUCCCAACGACGAUGUCGCACCCCACCACUGGCUACUCAUUCUCCCAGUCUGGAGGAAGUUGGACGAAGCAUGUCGGUGCAGGUGGCAUUGUUCCCAACUUUAGCGGUGUUCGACAUGCUACGCAGGUCGUGAUGAAUCGUGGCGCUUUCGCUGCUGAAGCAGCCCCGAAGCAACAGCUCAGUUUUGAUCGCUAG